UCCAGCUCCUAAUUGCUUAUCAUUCACUAAGGCUGAAAACUCAAAGCUAAAGAAACCAUGAGGCUGUCCCUGACCGUCCUGCUGGUCACUCUGGCCCUUUGCUGCUAUGAGGCCAGUGCAAUUGUCUGUCCCCACCUUGCUAGUGAUAAUGCAGGCUUCCUCUGGGAACCUGAUGAAGCCUACAGGAAACAAAUUGAGAUGUAUCAGGCACCUGCAGAAGCUGUUGAGGCCAAGCUGCAAGUGAAGCAAUGCGUGAAUGACUUCUCCAAAGAAAAGAGACUGCUACUUACGAAGGCUUUGACAAAAGUACUGGUAAAGUGUGGUUACGAAGAUCUUGAAAGACUUCUACCCUUAAACAUUUUAUGAUCAGCUGAUCUUUCCUGGAAAAUGUAGAGGUUUCAACAUCUUGCUCAAUAAAUUACUUGC